UCUUAAUUAGCUCCUGUUUCUACCUGCUCAUUGUGAUAGUUCAUUCAUUCAUUCAUUCAUUUUCCAUAACCUGCUUAUCCAGUUAAGGGUCGCAGGGGUGCUGGAGCCCGGUGCUGGAGCCGGCAAUUUAGAGUCUUCAGUGGACCUUAGCUGGAUGUUUUUGGACUGUGGAGGGAAGCUGGAGAACCCGGAGAGAACCCAUGCUGACACGGGGAGAACAUCCAACAAAACAGGUUAAAGUCAAAGGCAGAGGGAGACGAACCACAAUGUCCAGUAGUGUGCUGUGUGGCCGAGGCAGGUUGGUCCUGUCUAAGACUGCUGGCCAGCAAGCGUUAGCUGCCCUCCGUGUCAGCAGAACCAGAACCUUCUCUGCUGCGAGCUCGGAUGAGCCUUACAUAGCUGUAUCACACACCGACUCAGGCCCCAGGACCGUGUGGCCUGACGAGAACAUGGGACCAUUCGGACCUCAAGACCAGCGCUUUCAGUUACCGGGUAACGCUGGCUUUGACUGCCACCUGGAGGGCAUGGAGGACCAGAAGAGGACCCCGGUCCACAGGACGGUGCCGGACGUACUGACGGCGCCAAGCUGCACGGAGAGACACCAGUUCAUACUGGCCCAGUUUGUUAGUGAGUUCCAAGGAAACCUGGGCUCUAUAGACACGAGAGUCCACAAAGCUGAGCAGUACUUUACUCAGACAGAGACAGACUGCUCCAUAAAUUCCUGCCCUGAGCUGCUAAGAAAAGAUCUUGAGCUCAUGUUCCCGUCAGCGCCCACCACUUCCAUCACAGUUGUGACGGUCACACAGAGUAACAGUCGGCGUGAGGAGGAAGCAGAGCAGGACAAAGAUAAGCAGCUGCACAAAUUUGUGAGCGGAGCGAAGGAAAUGUGCUUCGCUCUGUGGACUGCAGGCUACUGGGCAGACUUCAUUGAUCCGUCAACAGGAGAAGCUUUCUUCGCAUCUCCAUCAAGUCAAACCAAACUGCACACGGAGGAGGAACUUACAGAUUUGGGCUUCCACAUCGAAGUGUCGGGCUCCUGCACAGUCAUUCGCCACAUCCUGAGAGGAACGCCUCAGUUUGUGGGGACCGUUUUCACCAACGCGCCCGCUCACAGCGCUGCCAUCGCGAGACUACAAGGACUUUCAAAUGUGCUCGCCGAUGAGGAAUAGGCUUUUAAAAAAGAUAUAUAUUUCACAGAAGGAAAUCCAAACCACGUCUUAUUUAUGGUUUGAAGAAGCUUGGAUCUUGUUGGUGUUGGUUGCAUCAGUCAAAGGUUGCGAAAGUUUGUCUUACUGUAAGGACUUGACUGAGACUCUAAUGUAGACCCUGCUCGCCCUGCACUACAUCAGGGAGAGAAACACACUCGGAGACAUUUCAAUAUGUAACAUCUGCUGUUUGAAGAGUUUGUAGACGAUGUUGUCACUCCAGAGCCAUUUAUUUGAAAUUGAAACGCAGAUAUCAGGUCAAAAACUUUUCAUACGAACAUGUACAGUGUUGUUUUGUUUCCUCUUAUCUGUUGCACAGACUCUAAAGUAGUGUGGGAGUUGUUUGAGUUGAAUCACUACGGUUGUGAUAGUCAGAACUGCUGAGCCAAUAAAGUGACUUCUCAUACGGCUGCAAUGAUGCU